AUGAACAUACUUGUUCGGAAAUAGUCAUGUCUCAAGGUCACAAAUGGGACGUGUCUAAUAAUCUCCACCUGUUGAACGAUCCUAGUUUAUUUACGCUCAAUAGCAUGGUGACGAGUGUGCAGGUGCCAAGUAAUAAUGUGUAUGCGGAUUCGAGUAUGUCCAUGUCGGGUUUAGAUCAAGAAAUGCUGGAUGCGAGUAAGGAAGGUGUUCUGGGACUUUGGGAUGCUAAGGAGGAUAGUAAAGAACAGGACAACGACCUAGAGAAAGAACUGCAAGCGGACGCCCUAAAACACGACAUGGCCUCGCAAAAGGCGAAGGCCUCAUCCCUAACCUCGCUAGGCCUCCUCAAUUUCAACGCGCUAUCCACCUAUGUGACCUGCGACAGCCCGCCGCCUAUACAAAUGACAGCUGAGGAAAUGCAUCAGCUAGACAAGUGCAAAGUUCAUGGGCUGCCGAAGAAGCAAGAAGGGGCUUUCGUGCCGAGAGAAUUAAGACACGGGUGGUGGCGUAUCACGGACCCAGACCAGCUAAAGGAGUUGAUAGACGCGCUGCACCCGCGCGGCGCGAGAGAGAGGGAACUACAAGCGUCUCUAGUGCAGAACACACCUACCAUCAACAAUAAGCUAUACAUAGACAAAGGCGACGCGUCAUGCACAGAGCUCUCAAUCACCCCCCUAGACCGAGCUAUCAUGGCUUCGGGGGGUUACCCACCCCCAGAGCCUCCCGGCUCCUUCUGUGCCGUCACGGCUAGACGCUGCGACAUGCAACUAUUAGCUAUGGUGGAAGCACUAGAAGAACGGGUAGCCGCAGCGUCAAUGCAAGUCCCCGGCUGGCGUCCCUCCCGCCUAGCCCUCCCAGAGGAAGCCACCGGCGCCGAAAUAGUGGCCAGGGCUCGCCACAAACUGGCGUCCCUCGAGGCACACAUAGAAAGGAGAUACUUGAAACCGCCUUUGGUACAAAGUAACUCUGACGCUAGUCUGGGCGCGGCGCGGCAGGCCGAGCAUGGGAACGCGUCAGCUCCCUCACCUCACGAUUCUGAUGUUGAGUCUAAACCUGAAAGUAAAUCCCUAGCACGAGGCCUAACCACAUGGCGGGAAGCGGUGGCUAGGUGUAACACCUCAGCACAGCUCGCCAUGCUAGCGGCGGCGUUAGAAGCCGCUACUGCGUGGGAUAAGAGUGUCAUGAAGGCGAACUGCCAAUUCUGCCUCCUGGGAGACAACGAAGGGCAACUCCUUCUGUGUGACGGCUGCGACAAAGGGUACCACACUUACUGCUUUAAACCGAGCAUGGAGAAGAUACCUGAAGGGGACUGGUACUGCUGGGUGUGCGUGAACAAGGCACGUGGCGAGCGAGUGUGUAUAGUGUGCGGCGGCGCAUGCGCAGGACGGACUAUACCGUGCGCGCUGUGCGUGCGCGCAUACCACCCCGACUGCCACUACCCGCCGCUGCCCAAGAAUCCACGUGGAAAGUGGUACUGCUCCCAGUGUAUCUCUCGCGCUCCGCCUAAAAAGCCUCGGAACAUGAAGAAAAAGGACAGCAAGCAUAAAGACGUGAACACUAGCGUCGAUGCCGACCAGAAUAUGGUACCUAGUCCUGCCCCAUCGCACGCGUCGACGUCAACGCUAGCGGAGGACGCGAGCUGCGACGUGGCGCCGCCGGAACCUUCGCCCGACCAGCCGCCGCUGCCGCCGCCAGUACCACCUGAUUUGCCUGAAGACGGACCUCCUCCGGAAAAACGACGCAACUUACAAUACGUGGGCGGGAAUGGUGCUUUGCAGCAUGAAACAGAUGGCGUGGACGGCACAGAUGGAAUAGAACCCGAUGCGGAAAACGUGCCGUUACUGUCUCGAGCGAAAAAGGAAAAGCACAACGCAAAGAAACUGCAGAAGGAGUUGCAGUUUUGCAAGAACUUGCUGUACGAGAUGGAAUGCCACGAACACGCUUGGCCGUUCCUGCUCCCAGUAAAUACUAAGCUGUUUCCGCAGUACAAGAAAGUUAUCAAGUGCCCCAUGGACCUGUCUACUAUUAAGAAGAAACUCCAGGACAAUACGUACAAAUGUAAAGAAGAGUUCGCAUCAGACGUCCGUCUAAUAUUCAGCAACUGCGAAGUGUUCAAUGAAGACUACAGUCCCGUCGGCCGCGCCGGACACAACAUGAGAGAGUUCUUCGAUUCGCGGUGGACUCAGAUAUAAACACUAUUGUAACGAGCGGCGGCCAUUGGAGCGGGACACAGCGAUGGGACUUUUCAUUCGCACGUAUGGCUGCCGCUCACCGCUGUCGCGCUUAGACCAAUGUCGUGGCUGGGCCGUAAACCAUAGAAGAAUAAGUACCUAAGGAAAGGGUUGAACUCGAUACAUCAGUAAAUGCAAGUUAUUUGUAACAUCUAGCGUCAAUCACGCGUCAAAUAGCUUAAACUAUCAGUACCACUACAACACUAGGUGCCAACAGUGUCGCGUCUGCCAAAAAUGUAAUGUUAAAACAGUUUACAACUUAUAUUACAAGCAAAACGAAUUGAAAAGAGAGUACUGAUUAAAACUUUUUUUUUAAUAUGAAUGUGCUUACUCUUGACCACAGACUAGCCAAAGGCAAAGACGUGGCCUACGAUGGA